AUGAACUCAAAUCUGAAUGAUAACAGUGGUUUAUCGCAGCAACAGCAACAGCAACCACAAGCACAAGAGCAAAAUAUGAAACACUUUGAGAAUGAAGAUCCCACUAACGCUGCCAACGAUUCCGGUGCUGAAGAUUCAGACACUGACAAACCUGCUAGACGUUCUGGCAGAAGAAAAAUUAAGAUUGAAUAUAUCGAAGAUAAGAACCGUAGACACAUUACUUUUUCCAAGAGAAAGGCUGGUAUUAUGAAAAAAGCUUAUGAGUUGAGUACUUUGACGGGAACUCAGGUGUUACUUUUAGUCGUGUCUGAAACUGGCCUUGUAUAUACCUUCACUACAGUUAAACUGCAGCCGAUCGUGACAAAGCCUGAAGGAAAGAACUUAAUUCAGGCAUGUUUGAAUGCUCCUGAUCCGAUUGCCAAUGAGCCUACUGUAAGCCUUUGCUUAUAA